AUGAUUGGAGGAAAGACAACUUACAAAUUUUCGGUGAUCUUCUUCACCUGCUUGGCCUUGACCGGAGGUUUGGAAGAAAGGAGUCGAGUGAAACGCGUGCGGGCGGACAGUGCAGGGGUGGUGAGGGACCCAGCUCAAGCACUCGAUGCACCAGAGCCAGAACUCUCAACCAACGUUCCACCCUCCUUCCUCAGCCCUUUGGUGAGGGAAUACCUGGAGCUCGGAAUGGCAAUACCUGGCAAACCGGGGACCGAUUAUCCGAUACUCGGCGCAGUACCUUACACCAAUUUCUACUGCGAUGAACAAGCCUACCCAGGAUUCUUCGCUGACAUGGAAACACGUUGUCAAGCAUGGCACUACUGUGACAUCGACGGUCGGCAGGCAUCCUUCCUAUGCCCCAACGGCACGGUGUUUUCGCAAGGGGUGGUGUCUUGCGACUGGUGGUUCAACGUUCGAUGCGCGUUAUCACCUGCCCUUUAUCCACUGAAUGCCAGGCUGUACAGGCGGAGGAGGAAGCAAUCGCGUCCUAAGCCGCAUCGAUUGAUAGACAAGAAACUGGUUGAUGAAAUAUUUUUG